AUGCUUUCCCUUGCUGGAAGGCCAAAUGUUGUUCAAAGGCUCAAGAGAAAUGUUAAGGACAUCAAUUUUGACACAAUUUUGUGUCACAACUCGCCACAUGUUUGUCUCAAAUGUGGGUCAUCUCUGGUUCAUUUGGCGAUGACCUUAACAGUUAACACCAUUGAAGCUGGUUGGCAGGUUAGCCCAGAGAUGUAUGGGGACAACUAUCCUAGGUUCUUUACGUAUUGGACUACUGAUGUUUAUCAAGCAACUGGGUGUUACAAUUUAUUAUGCUCCGGCUUUGUUCAGACUAACAAUAGAAUUGCAAUUUGGGCUGCAAUCUCUCCCAUUUCCUCAUACAAUGGUGGACAAUUCGAUAUUAGCCUAUUGGUUUGGAAGUUAGUGGGUGUUGGAGCAGAAAGUAUUCAGCUACGAAUUCGUGAAGAUGUUUUUCAAAUACCAAAAUCUGGUCAUGGAGGGGUGAUUAUGGAUACGGGCACCACCGCGAGUAGCUUCCCGAAGGUGGCUUAUGAAGCGUUACGUGACGCUUUUGUUGUGAAAACCACAAAUGUCCCUCGGCUAGCUAGAGUAGAAAUGUUCUACACUUGUUAUAAUUUGUCUGGGUUUGUAUAUCGUAUACCAAUCAUAUCAUUCUAUUUCUCAAGUGGGACAGUCGUGAACAUCCCACCAAAUUACUUUUUAAUUGUUCUAGAUGGGGGAAUUUCUUGUCUUGCAUUUACUUCAUCCUCUUCUGAUUUAUCUAUUAUUGGAAACGUCCAGCAAGAACAAAUACAUAUUACAAUUGAUAUGGCUUCUAUCUCUACAGGAUUUGGUCCCAACAAUUGCUGA